GUUCAUUUAUAAAAGAGAGUCGAUAUAUUGCAAACUUAAAAGGAUCGAGUAAUGGUUUGCUACAAACUCAACACGUGAGUACACAAAAUCUGACUAUUCAACAAAGAAAGUUCAAACGUCCAAGUUGACCAAAUUUCUUGUCUUAUUCUGUUUCUCCCUUCAACUUCUUUUCCCGCCUCUAUCUCCUCUAUUUCCAACCCUCCAAACAGAUACAGACCAAAAAACAAACUACACCAAAAAUGACGAAAAAUCCUUCCUUUUCCCACCAAAUCAUCCUCAUUUCCUUCUUCCUUCUAACCUCCUUACCCAUUACUGUAAUUUCACAGUCUGAACAACAAAUCUUGCUCAAAAUCAAGCAACAAUGGAGCAAUCAACCACCCAUGAAUUCAUGGACUUCCACCACUUCUUAUUGUUCAUGGUCUGGAAUCAUUUGUAAUGAUUCCGGAACCGUCACUGGACUCGAACUGAAUAGCCAAAACAUCGCCGGUGAAAUCCCACCCUCCAUUUGUGAUCUAAAAAAUCUCACCUUACUUGAUCUUGGAAACAAUAGUAUCCCAGGAAAUUUUCCCACAUUUUUAUACAAUUGUACCAGUCUUCAAAGUUUAGACCUUUCUUCAAAUUACUUUGUUGGGAAAUUGCCAAAUGACAUAAAUAAGCUUUCCCCUGAUCUGAAACAUCUUGUUCUUAGUGAAAAUAACUUCACAGGUGAUAUCCCAAUUUCAUUAGCUAAUCUUAAAGGGUUGAUCACUUUGUAUUUGGAUUUCAAUUUGUUUAAUGGAACAUUCCCAUCUGAGUUGGGUGGGUUGGAAAAGCUUGAGGAAUUGGUGUUGUCUAACAACCCUUUUUCCCCCAUGAAGAUACCAAAAGAAUUUGGGAUGCUUAAGAGGUUGAAGCUCCUUAGGAUGAGACAAUGCAAUUUGAUGGGUGAAAUCCCAAAUGAGUUUGGUGAUUUAAUGAGCCUUGAGAAUCUGGAUUUGGUGCAGAAUAACUUGGUGGGUGGAAUUCCAGAUGGGUUAUUCUUGCUUAAGGACUUGACAUAUUUAUACUUGUAUAAAAACAAGCUAUCUGGGGGGAUUCCGAAAUCGAUUAAGACAUUGAAUUUGACAGAAAUUGAUGUCUCACAGAACAAUUUGACAGGAAUAAUUCCUGAAGGUUUUGGAAAUCUGUCAAAAUUGGAGCUGUUAUAUCUGUUUGAGAACGAAUUUUAUGGUUUAGUACCGCCAAGUAUUGGCAGGCUUCCUUCGUUGACGUGGGUGAAGCUGUUUAGAAACCGGUUUUCAGGCCCACUUCCUCCCGAAAUGGGCCAAAACUCGAAGCUUGAAGGUUUUGAGGUGUCAGGUAAUGCAUUUACAGGCCAAUUACCGGAGAAUCUUUGCUCCGGUGGGAAGUUGAAGGGUGUCGUGGCAUUCGAUAACUUUUUGAAUGGCACAAUCCCGAGUUCUUUAGGCCACUGCAACACUUUACUGGUAGUUUUGCUCCAGAACAACAGCUUCUCAGGUGAUGUUCCUGAUGGAAUGUGGACUUUACAGCAUCUUGAGACCUUAAGACUUACAAGCAACCAAUUUUCUGGACAAUUUCCGGAGAAAUUGGGAUCGAAUUUGAGUCGUUUGGAGAUGAGCAACAACAAAUUUUCGGGGAAAAUUCCACGAAGUGUAAGCACUUGGAGUAAUUUACAGGUACUUGAAGCUAGCAACAACUUGAUUACAGGUACUAUUCCAUUGGAAUUAACUAGCCUUUCUGUUCUUAACACACUUUUGCUUGAUGAGAAUCAACUGACUGGUGAACUUCCCUCGGAAAUCAUCUCAUGGGUAAGCUUAAACAACCUGAAUCUCUCUCGUAAUCUCCUUUCUGGCUCGAUUCCUUCUGUUCUUGGCUCAUUGCCUGUCCUCACUUACCUUGAUUUGUCUGACAAUCAAUUUUCCGGCCAAAUCCCACCUGAAUUAGGCCAAUUAAAACCCACUUCACUCAACUUAUCUUCUAACACACUCACUGGUAGCAUCCCAUAUGGGCUUGAUAACAGUGCAAACAAGGCUAGUUUCUUAAACACAUACUUAUGCUCCAACACCGGAUUUUUAGAUCUUCCGAAGUGCUUUGUUCAUCGAGGAAAUCGAAAAAUGUCGUCCAAAUAUCUUGCUUUGAUCAUUGUCCUUGCUCUGGUUGCCUUCCUAGCAAUUCUAUACUUCAUAGUGUUUGUGAUCAAUGAGAUUCGGAAAAGAAAGAAUAAGCAAGAACUAGCAACAUGGAAACUAACUUCUUUCCACAGACAUGAUUUCACAGAAGAAAAAAUUCUUUCCAACUUAACAGACAAUAAUUUGAUCGGGUCUGGAGGAUCCGGUAAGGUUUACCGGAUCCCCAUGAACCAAUCAGGGGACUAUGUUGCAGUUAAGAAGAUAUGGAACAACAGUAAAACGAGUACUAAUUUAGAGAAAGAGUUCAUUGCUGAGGUCCAAACACUGGGUACAAUAAGGCAUAUUAAUAUAGUGAAGUUACUUUGCUGUAUUUCGAGUGAAGACUCGAAACUGCUUGUGUAUGAAUAUAUGGAGAAUCGAAGCCUAGAUAAAUGGAUCCAUUCGAGUAAAAAGCAAUCCAUUUCCUCUAUGAGUGGUUCGGUUCAUCGCACAGUUAUGGACUGGCCUGCUAGAUUGAAGAUUGCAAUUGAUGCUGCUCAAGGAUUAAGUUACAUGCACAAUGAUUGUUCACCUCCUAUAAUUCAUAGGGAUGUGAAAUCGAGCAAUAUUUUGCUAGAUUUCGAGUUAAAUGCAAAGAUUGCUGAUUUUGGGUUAGCUAAGAUAUUGGCUAAGCCUGGAAGAGAGCCUUACUCAGUAUCUUCUGUUGCUGGAUCUUUUGGUUACAUGGCCCCAGAAUAUUGCUACACACCCAAAGUGAAUGAGAAGAUUGAUAUCUACAGCUUCGGAGUUGUUCUACUCGAGCUAGUGACAGGGAAAGAACCCGUCAUUGGAGAUGAAAACACUAGCCUUGCAGAGUGGGCAUGGAAGCAUUGCAGCCAAGGGAAACCAAUUGAGGAUAUUCUUGACAAAGAAGUGGAGGAGCCAUUCUAUUUAGAAGAGAUGACUAAUGUGUUCAAGACAGGGUUGAUGUGCACCAGUACAUUACCGUCUUCUAGGCCUUCAAUGAAGGUUGUAUUGCAAUUGCUUCAAAAAUAUAGCAGUCGAGAAGGUUCUGGAAAAACGAAGGCAAGAAAUGAACGCGACAUUUCCCCUCUUCUUGGGGGUGAAAAUUAUGUUGCUGUUUGUAAGAACAGCAAGAGAAUUGUAGCUGAAGAUUACUAUGAUAUGGUUUGAAUUUGUAGGCAUUAACAUAGUGUUCUACAUUUUAGUAAAACAUAGGAGCUAAAUAUGUAAAUAUGUGUGUCACAUAUUUUUAUCCCACAUUAAAAGUGUAAGAAUUUUACUGUCAUAGCAUCACACAAGAUGACUAUACAACUUGCUAUGAUAAUGAAGAAUGACAACAAUUUUGAAUUAACCAAAAGUGCUUGUGGCUCAAUGGAUAGAAUAUCUGCAUGUUGAGCAGAAGGUUUGGGGUUUGACCCCUACUGGCGCAGGUAUCAGCUGGGAGGUUUCUUAACUACGCGCAUCCUCUUUACUCUCUCCUUGAGAAGAAUCGGUAUGAUUUGUCCACAUCUUUCAGGAAAAAAAAACCUACUCGGAUCCUACCUUGUGCGAUAUUGGAAGUGUCCUUUAUCUUUUUUACGACAACUUUGAAUUAAGAUUAAAACUUUUCUCAAAAAAAAGUUGCUUCAACAAGAAUUUGAAGAUUACUGUUAGAGUGAAUAGAUGAAAAAUAGUGAGGAAAAAUUCACGAUCACCCAAGAACAAUA